GUCGUACUCCGAAAGAAAGCGCCUUUUGAAGCGCGAGUUAUCAAAUUUCUUGGUGCAAUUACGCAGACGGCGUCGUUGCAACCUCCUUAAUUCCCUGUUUGGAUUAGGGUUUAUAGAAUAUUCCCCUUCUAAAAAUUUCAAAGCUUCCAUCUUUGCUAAAUCCUCCUCAAGUCGCAUCAGUAGUGCCCAAUUGAUUCUUGGAUCCUGGAAUUUGGUCUUAUAGGUUCAAUCAAUCAAUCAUAGAAGUUAAAAUCGAAAUCCAAAUGGAUCAAAAUCAACAGCAGCAGCAGAAAGAUGAAGUACUUAAUCGGGAGUCGCUAGAGAAAAGGCCGGGGAUUCUCAUGAUCGGAUCUCCCACCGUCGGAAAACGGACUCUUCUCUCCCGAUUACUUUCUCUGGAUUUUGAAACUGCCUCGGAUUCUUCAUCAUCAUCUGAUACUUUUGCAUACGGCUGGACAAUCAACACCAAGUACUAUGUAGCUGAUGUUUCUCUUUGGAUGGCUCAUCUUAAUGAUGAAUUUGCUAUUCAGAAUUUGCCAGGAUAUGACCAGUUGGCUGCCUUGGUUAUGGUCUUCGAUAUGAAUGAUCUCUCGUCUUUCAGUGCACUAAAAGAUUGGGUGGCCCAAAAUGAUAUUCAAAAGUUUGACAUACUGCUGUGCAUUGGUAAUAAAGUAGAUCUCCUUCCUGGUCACCCAGCUCAUGUUGAGUACAGGAGAUGUUUGCUGAAAUCUGGUGAAUCUUCUGGUGAUUUUAGUCUAGAGUUGGAUUAUGGGAUUUCUGAAACUGAAGGUAGUAGCUUAUUGGGAGAUGAUGAACCAUCAUGGGAGAUGAAAAGGUCUUGUAUGGACUGGUGUAUUGAACACAAUAUUGAGUACAUCGAAGCUUGUGCAACGAAUGCAGAUUUUGACAAAUGUUUAUCCGUGGAUGGUGAUUUGCAGGGUGUGCAACGUCUUUAUGGGGCUCUCUCUGCUCAUAUGUGGCCUGGAAUGGUCUUAAAAUCUGGUGAUAAGAUACAUGAACCCUCAUUACCAGAACAAGAAGAGUUGUCAGAAGAAGAAUCAGACUUUGAACUUGAAUAUGAAAUCUUAUCCGCUGGUUCAGCUGAUCCAUGGGAUGACACAGAGGUGGGAUGGGUAUCUGCAAAAGGUGAUGCCACAACUUCAGGGACUAGUGGAGCGAUUGAGCAGAACUUUGAUUCACGAGAUUGCGACCAAAAGAGCCAAAACAGGUCAGUUGAAGGCCAGCCAGAGCCUUUAACGUCAAUGCAUGGCAAAACUAAUGAGGAAGAAGCGAUGAAGUUCCAUGCGGCUGGCACAGCCUCAGAGCCUGAUGAGGGUACUACAUAUGAUUUUGAGGAUCUGGAUCAGUUGAUGUCCGAGAUUGGAAACAUGCGCAACAGCUUAAGGUUGCUGCCUGAUUUCCAGAGGAGGGAGAUGGCUGCCAAGCUGGCAAUGAAAAUGGCUGCGAUGUUUGGUGAUUCUAGUGAAGAUGAAGAAGGAUUGAACUGAUGGGUUACAUUAAUUUUGCCUGUUACAAGAUUCAGACGACAUUCUUCUUCAGCUGGGUAAACAGGAAUUGGAAGUCCAAAAAUGUUUCUCUUCUCAGAACAAGAGUACAAUCAUUAAUUCUCCUGCUCAAGUAUGCUUGGGAAGCUUUUGCUACCCUUUUUUCUGUAUGCUAUUCUGCAUUGGAAUUGUCGCUCGUUGGGUUUGGUGGAUUCAGCGAAAUGACGUGAAACUCGGAGAGUAAAACGACGUGUAUCUGCUCACUGUACAGCUAAUGAAGCAGUUGUUAAGGACUGCGACAAAAUUUGGAUCUACAGGAUGUAUCAAUAAUUGGACCUUACUGACUCUAAUAUGGCUUAAUUAUUCGUAUGAUCCGUUAAGCGAGUGACAGGUUGGGUAUGUCUAAAGAUAGUUUAUGCACAUUUUCAUGAUUCAACCAAUAUGUACUUUUCUUCUGAUCAACUGUCAAAGGCUCAAAUUGAAAUUGUGAUGACUAUUUUGCCAAUUCCUGUUCUUAUUCAGAAGUAUGAUUUGGCUUAUAGAAGCCGCAUUUGAUGAAGUUAAUACCAGAAGAUUAGAGCUAUUAUGGAUUGGCUAGCAAAA